UAAUGGCGGAGAACGUAGCCGCUGCAAUAAAAUCCACAGAAACAGCAAGCAAAGAAGUCACAAGCAGUAAAAACAACAACAAAUGAAAGACUAAGACAAACAAAUACAACAUGUAGCUACAAGAAAUCUAUGGAUACGGAAAAGCAAAGACCUUGCACAAGAAAGCAGAGAAAUCGCGGGACAACCAAGCAACUCAGCCUGUCAGGCGCAGCCUCGUUUCCAAGAUAGUCUUGACUUUAAUAACAUUACAUAAUAGAUAUCAGUCGCCAUCUUCAACAAAUUUUAUUGUAUUCUGUAUUAUAAUUGUUAAAAGAUCAUAAUCAUUUAUAACAGAUGCAUGAUGCACUGGAACAACCAGCACCUCGUGUCAGGAGACAAAGUAGCGGCCUUUGAUUAUUCUUCCCUCCACACGGAACUUCUCUGUAUGUAAAUUAAAGAUUCCAAUGCACUGGUGUAACUACCACAUCGUGCGACGACUCCCCUAGAGAACCAAUAUUUUAUCGGCUUUGUUGUCUUGACAGGGAACGUGUGUGUAUAACUACCACCUUGCUUGAAGCCAGAGUUCAAACCUCUGGCCUGCAGUCUUCUGUCUCCUCCACCUGGCGCCGCGUGCCUCACCAGCCAUGUUCAGCCACCUGCUCUUACUGUUGUGUUUGAUAACCGGAAGUCUGGGUUCUGUCCCGUGUCUGUGUGAAAAUCAAGACCUCGAGGUACAUCGAGAUUCUACCGCUAUUCUAAAGUGUGGUUGCCUAAGCAAAGAGAACAGCAUAGUCUGGAAUAUAAAUGGAAAGCGUGCCACACGGUGUCCAUCAUUUUCAAACGAAGCAAAGCAAGAAAUGUGCACAACUUUAACUGAUGACUACAAUAUUUCAGCGAAAAGAACAUCUGCAUCAUCAAGUGUGCUCACAGUCAGUUCCGGUUCUGUAUCUGACCUGAACAACGUGAGCUGUGCAGUCCCGGAAACUGAAGAAGAAACAACUUGCAAAGUGGACCUGAUAUACCCCGCUAACGAGUCGUCCUGCCAUGUGAAGGUGGACACAGGUAGAGACACAGGUGGAGACACAGGUACAGACACAGUGUCAGCUCAUUGCAGCAUCACCAAGGCGUAUUCAGCUAAUGGACGAUACAGGUGUGACCUGUAUCAGGUCCUGCAGAAUGAAACGAAAUCACAGCUUCUUAGUACAACCACAAUAAAGACAUUGUCGGGAGACAGCGAGGGCGACAUGAGAGGAGAAUGCUCUAUCACGGCACGAGUUCUGAGGGGAGGAGAGCUUAAGAUGCUAAUCACCCCAGGAGGGGUGGAAAUCAAUUUAAAUAGAAACGACGACCCCAAGGACAUUUCCACCACAUUUCCACAAGGACAUUUCCAUCCAGGGCACAUAGGUCUCCCCACAGACCUCCCUGACAAAGACAGUACGGUGCCUCUAGAGCUGACCACUGACCACGUGACGACCUCAGGCGGUGCUACAACAACAAGCCCACCUGAUGUCGCUGACUGUGCUACCACGUGCACACGUAACGUCGGUGGGUGGUUCGCAGGGGGAGUCUGUUUAGGACUCCUCAUUGCGACAGUGGCGAUCCUCUGCUUGAGAGGAAGGUGGAAGGUACACCCCGAGGUAGCCAACGCUAGACCACAAGGAGAUUCUCAGAGUCCGUAGUUCAACGCUUUGCCUGCUUACCCCGGGUGCUGAAUAAUUAAUUGUUCGCAAAGCCACUGCGAGAUGAAGUUGUUGGAUACGCCUUUGACACGCUUUUGCGAAGUGAUGUGUAACUUCAAACGAUCGAACUAUAGUAUUCAGCGAUCGAGGGGUCAAGGUAAAGUUCACGUUUAAAACAAAGGAAAAGUAAAGGACUGAUGUUGUGAGGUGACAUUUUUAGUAUAGCAAUGCACUAACUGAAACUUAAAAUGUAUCAUACGUUUCUCAUAUAGGCCUAGAUGU